AUGGCGAUAAUAGACAUUAACUGGACCCGGAUCCUUCGGACUCCUUUCAUCGGAUACCACCAUGUCCUCAUGUUUAUUUCCAUGGGCGCGAUAAUUUUAAUGUCAAUUCUACUGGCAGGAUGCACGACGUCCGAUAACCUCGGCAAUGUCUACUUAUUAUCGUUGCGAUAUACGAACAGUUCUCAGCCAAUGACAAACUCCGCCCAAGUUAGCACAGCAAUUCAAUCCGCUGUUUAUAAUAUUUCGCAGGCUGGUUCGGGGUCGACACUUGAGGUGCGUGCGGGGUAUAUGGGGCUUUGCAUCUCGCAAGACAAUGAGGGGCGUGUGUGCUCCAGUAACGCUAAAGUGUUGGCGAACAUUCUCAAGGCGGAAAGAUCAACUAGUACGACUGGGAACUUGACAACGGAAACUACGCCCGAUCCGCUUAAUUUAAUAUUGAUCGCUGAAGAGUUCAGGACGAAGAUUGUGUUUGAUGGUUUACUAUAUAUAUCGGUCGUUCUCACCUUUGCCUGCUUUUUACUUCUGUCAACGUUCCCUGGAUGGCACCAGGAGGUAGACGACUCGGGGUCCGAGGUGGAGGUCAAGCCGUUCCCUUCUCGAGCGGUCUCUCAAGCGGCUCUAGGUAUAAUUAGCCUUUCUUUUGGAUUUGCUUUUAUCUCAGUGCUUUGGCAGCACAUCAACAGCAGCUCGACUGCAUCGAUGGCAGAGACACUCACCUAUGGUGCUGUUUCGGGGCAUGUUGGGACAGCGGGGAUGAUACUGGGAUGGUUUGCAGUGGCGCUUAUUGGUGGUGUCAGUCUGGGACUGCUGAUUAUGAUACUUAGUAUCUCUAUUAUCGAUAGAUUGACGGACAGUUCCAGCGUUGCGAGCUCGUAUCUGGUUGAUGACUAG